CCUCAGGCCGGCGAGGAAGCGACGUCGCCUCCGGUCUCCUCGUACGACGCCAUGGCUCGACUGGUGUACCUUAUGGUUGGUGUGGCUGUUCUGACGGUGGCACUGACACAUGUCAGAGCGGCCGACACCGCGGCGGAGGCCGGAGCCGACACCACGCCCGAGGGCGACCACUCGGACACCAACCCCGCCACCGUCGAGGUCGAGGGCGAGGAGGAGGACACCAGCGACGCCGGCGAGUCCGAGGAGCACGCCGCCACGGCGCCCUGGAAGUACGACAAGAACGAUAUCCUGAUCCUGAACCAGCACAACUUCGACCGGGCCAUUGACGAGCAUGAGCACCUGUUCGUGGUGUUCUUCACACCCACAUGCAGCCAGUGUAUCCAGCUGCACCCGCACUUUGUCGAGGCGUGGAAGUCGCUGCGGGAGCGCGCCGAGGGCCUCCAGUUCGCCAAGAUCGACUGCACCAACGAGACGGCGCUGCUGCUGCACUACGGCAUCACCCAGUACCCGACGCUCACCUUCUUCAAGAGCCAGAAGGAGAAGAUGUAUGACGGCGGCUAUCGCUCCGUCGACAUCGAGGCCUGGGUGGAGAAGCGCAUGGGCGCCCCGGCGCUGCCCAUCGAGGCCGUCGAGACGCUGGAGGAGGCCCGCGCGGAGAACGAUGUCAUCGCCGUCGGGUUCUUCCGCGACCCGGACUCUGUGUCGGCCAUCAUCUACCUGCGCGUGGCCGACGCGGUGCACGACUACCCGUUCUUCAUCGUCCGAGACCAGGAGCUGUUUGAGCACUACGAGCUCACUGAUGACACAGUCGUCGUGUUCAAAAAGUUUGACGACGGUCGGGUCGACUUUCCGGCCGGCGACUACGUGGCCGACGACCUGAUGGAGUUCCUCCGUCUGGAGACGUUCCCGCUCGUCUCCGAGCUGAUGAUGGAGAACGUCUGGCGCGUCACCGAGGAGGCCAACGUCGUCAAGUCUCACUUCCUCGUGUUCCGCAACGCCUCCGACCCCGCCACGCCGGCCGGGAUCGCCGACAUGCUGCUGCCCGCCGCGAAAAAGCACAAAGGCCAGAUUCUGUUCCUGAUGAUCGACAUGGCCGACCGCCGCAUGUUCCACAUGGAGGAGUUCUUCGGCGUGCGCCGCGACCGCGUGCCGGCGAUGCGCAUCUUCCGCUACGAGGGGCCCACGUUCAAGUUCCGUCCGGCCGAGGAUGGCGCCAUCUCCGCGGAGCUGGUUCUCCAGUUCUGUGAACAGUUCGUCACGGGGAAGCUGAGCGCCUUCCAGCUGUCCCAGCCGCUGCCCGAGGACUGGGACGCGGCUCCGGUGAAGGUGCUGACGGCGGAGAACUACCAGGAGGUGGUGCUGGACGCUGAGCGGGCCGUGUUCGUCAUGCUGUACGCGCCCUGGUGUCCGCACUGCCAGCUCACCACGCCCAUAUUCGAGCAGCUGGCGGCCCUGUACGAGCCGCACGCCGACGCCAUCCUAUUCGGGAAGAUGGACGCCACGGCCAACGAGGUGGAGGAUCUCGAGUUCGCCAGCUACCCGACCUUCUACCUGUACACGACCGGCGGCCAGCGGCAGCAGUUCAAUGGAUCGCGCACUCUCGACGAGAUGGUAUCGUUUCUGAGCGAGCACAGCGGAGUGCAGCUCGAUGUCGAUCUGCCCGAGUCGGGCGAACGCACCGAGCCCGACGGCGACGCCAGCGAGACUUGUAGCGCAGGUGGCGGGGAUUGUUUGGAGGAGGUUGCAUCAAAGGACACUCCGCCCGCUGGGAGUGCAGAGGGUAAGGGGGCGGAGCUCACCAAUGACACCCCCGACGGGUCUCCGCAGCAAGCAGCAGCCAAAGACGAACUUUGAGACAAGUGUUGGCAUUGGGUUCCAUCGGGAAAUGUUCGAAUGUAAUCACGAAAAUGUCUGGAAAUAAUCAUGGCGGACACAUCCACACAGACACAAUUUCAAUUUUCUUAAGUUCUGUCAAAAUAAAAAUCGUAUACGAAGUCGGAAAUCGUUGCAAGAUAGGUACUGAGCUCAACAAAUGUAAUACGUCUGAAGGUGAACGUCAAGAACUUAGCCCCACGAGUUGCGACCGUUAUUUCUCCGUUACGGAGACCGUGACCUCUCCGUUACGACCAUUACGGUUGACGACUAUUGCCCUCACAUUGAAACUUUGGCGUCCGAACAUUAAAUACAAACUUUUGUCUA